UUUUGUACCUGUGGCACAUCUAAAAACUGCAGGACAGCGGCCCUUGAGGACUGGACUUUGACACCCUGGUCUAAAUGGAGGUUACAGGGUCUCGAACAGGUCACUCCAACAGGCCCUUACUUUGAAGACUCAGAACUGACACUGCUUCCGAGAUGAUCACCUCUCCUCAGGUCCAAUCCAUUGAGCCCAGUCCACUCCACCGCAGCGUGCUUCCUGAUGCUCCGGCUCUCUCGGGCUUGCAUCCUCAGCUGUCACUGCCAUCUCACUCAAACGCCUGCUCCGUGCACGUGAGCGGCAGACGUCGUUAUGGGCUCGUAAACAUAAGCAGGGGAAUAAUGGCUGCACAAGAGCCGUCUCCACCAUCUUCCCUGGAAGGCAACAAGCCCGGCUUCCCAAAGAAAAUUCUGGCCAACAACCUGGAGGACAAGCAUCUGUGCAACUCGUGUCAGAAAAUCCUGCGGAGGCCCCUGCAGGCCCAGUGCGGCCACCGCUUCUGUUCGUUCUGUUUCAACAAGCUGGUGAGUUCUGGACCACAGAAAUGCAGUGCAUGCAUCAAGGAGGAGUUGUUUGAGGAGCCCACCUCCAUUCUCAAGCCUGGCGGUGCGUUCCCAGACAACGCAGCUCGGAGAGAGGUGGAGGCCUUGGCAGCAGUUUGUCCUAAUGAAGGAUGCACAUGGACUGGAACCGUCAGAGAGUUUGAGGCCAGCCAUGAGGGCAACUGUGACUUCAUGAUCAUCAUGUGUCCGUCGUGCAAAGAGCUGAUGAGGGCCAAUGAACAGGAGCGCCACAACGAGCGAGAGUGUCCAGAGAGGACACUGAACUGCAAAUACUGCAAAGAGCCGUUCCUCUUAAAGAACAUCAAGGCUCAUGAUGAAAUCUGCCCAAAGUACCCAAUGAUCUGUGAAGGCUGUGCAAAGAAAAAGAUCCCUCGUGAGAAGUAUGUGGACCAUAUUAAGUUCUGCAGUAAAUUUAAAACACCAUGCAGAUUUCAUGUUGUUGGCUGCGAUACGUCUGUGGAGAAGGAGAAGAUCCACGACCACGAGCGGCAGUGUUCGUACGAGCACCUCAACCUGCUGCUGCAUUUCAUCAUGGGCAUCAAGGUGAGUCUGGAGAGCCUCCAACCGCAGACCUUAGAGGUGGCCAGCCAGAAGCUCCAGGUGCUGCACCAGUCCCUCAGAGAGCUGGAGCUGAAGAUGAGCCAGCUGGGUGGGGGCGGCCCCGCUCCCGUGCAGGGUGCAUGCGCUCUCACCCUGGCCACGUCCUUCACCCCGCUGCCCAGCGCCAUGGGUGCCGCCCUGGAGCUGCAGCUCCAGAGCGAGAAGACCAAGGUGGCCGAGCUGAGCCGGCGCUGCCAGGAGCUGGAGCUGAAAGUGAACACGUUUGAAAACAUCGUCUGCGUCCUGAACCGGGAGAUGGAGCGUUCCUGCACCACCAUGGAAGCCUACAACCGCCAGCACAGACUGGACCAGGACAAGAUUGAGAUUCUCAGCAACAAGGUCCGUCAGCUAGAAAGGACGGUCAGCCUGAGGGAUCUGUCCAUCGUGGAGAUGGAGGGGAAGAUGAGGGAGAUGUCUGCAGCCACCUACGAUGGCGUCUUUAUCUGGAAGAUCUCUGAUUUCACCAAGAAGAGGCAGGAUGCCGUGGCUGGCCGCGCUCCUGCUAUGUUCUCUCCCGCGUUUUAUACGAGUAAAUACGGCUACAAGAUGUGCUUACGAAUCUACCUGAAUGGUGACGGGACGGGCCGUGGCACACACCUGUCUCUGUUCUUUGUGGUGAUGAGAGGACACAGUGACGCACUCCUUAAGUGGCCUUUCAAUCAGAAGGUUACCCUCAUGCUGCUUGACCAGAACAACAGGGAGCACAUAAUCGAUGCCUUCCGGCCCGACAUCUCAUCUUCGUCCUUCCAGAGGCCCGUCAGUGACAUGAACAUCGCCAGUGGCUGCCCGCUCUUCUGUCCUCUGUCCAAGCUGGACUCCAAAAACUCCUACAUUCGUGAUGACACCAUCUUCAUAAAGGCCAUCGUCGACCUCACUGGGCUCUAGAGAAAUCUGUGUUCUGGUUGUAGCACUAGCAGAUGCUCGGCCGGCGUGAGCCUGGACUUCUGGUUCGUUUACAACUAAAGGGCUUCGCAUUUCAUCGGCAUCCACCUGAUGUCACACGCAGGCUUUCAUCCGCUCAGAGGCAGAACCGUUCAGCGGUUGCGUCUGAGCCAGCUGAUGUUUCCGUCGGCCAGCGACGCUGACAUGUAGGAAGUGCCACACUGCCUCACUGUUCUGCAACAGAAUAAACAAUGUUUUGAUAAAUACUGCUUCAGAAACUGAAACUAGUCACUUUUUGCUUUCCCUCCACCUCUGUUCCUGUGGAUCUGGGUUAUUCCUCUAAAGGCCUUGCUGAGAUUAGGAUGAAGAGCCUUCAUCUGUAGCGGUGACAUCAGUCGUACUCGUUCUUUCUGCUGCAUUCUGUGGAUAGGAAGUCAUGUGUUAGUAAACUCUUUGUACAGAGGAAAUUUUGUUCCAUAUUUGUAUUUUGAUUUAAUAAAGAUUUUAA